AUUUCACGAACGUUGAUCCAGUCAUUCAUAUACAUUAGCCUAUUUACAUGACAUACAGAUCUGUGGAUUCACGCAGUGUUACCGUAAACUGAUGUUUGUGAUGGACAGCGUGCUAAGAAAUCUUGUCUGCUGUCGUGCAUUUGACGUUGGCAGAGGGGGGGAUGUGGUCAAAUGACUUUACUGUCAUCAUAUUACUUUAAUACUCUUGAGAUUGGGCGCACUACUAUACCUGCAACCUGCCUCCAUGGUGGAACUAUUUAUGAAUAAUCGGUGUUUCCACCAGGGCAACUGAAGAAGUGAGACAACCUAGAAUAUUUUCUUUUAGCGACUUUCACUUCCUGGAUCUUGGCUCGAAUAGGCAUUUAGCAAGCGUGGAGAUCCCGGUGAAGACCAUGGUGCUGAAAGAGAUUCCUGCCGAUAAUUUUACUCGGCCCCUGGGGCGCAACGAAGUGAUAGGCUUACUUUUCCGUCUCACAAUAUUUGGCGCAGUGACUUAUUUUACCAUUAGUUGGAUGGUAGAUGCUAUCGAUCCAACAAGGAAACAAAAAGUUGAGGCACAGAAACAGGCAGAGAAGCUCAUGAGGCAGAUUGGUGUGAAGAAUGUCAAGCUGUCUGAGUAUGAGAUGAGCAUCGCUGCUCAUUUGGUUGACCCUUUAAGUAUGCAGGUCGCGUGGAGUGACAUUGCUGGCUUGGACGAAGUAAUCACAGAGCUAAAAGACACGGUCAUACUUCCCAUUCAGAAGAGACACCUGUUUAAGGGAUCCCGGCUACUCCAGCCUCCAAAAGGUGUGCUGUUGUAUGGGCCUCCUGGCUGCGGCAAGACCCUGAUCGCCAAAGCCACUGCCAAAGAAGCCGGUUUUCGCUUCAUCAACCUACAGCCCUCCACCCUCACAGACAAGUGGUACGGAGAGUCGCAGAAACUCGCGGCUGCCGUCUUCUCCCUGGCCGUCAAGCUGCAGCCCUCCAUCAUCUUCAUUGACGAGAUCGACUCUUUCCUGAGGAACCGUUCCAGCUCUGACCAUGAGGCCACAGCUAUGAUGAAGGCCCAGUUCAUGAGCUUGUGGGAUGGCAUGGACACGGACUUCAACUGCCAGGUUAUUAUAAUGGGCGCCACCAACCGUCCACAGGAUCUGGACUCUGCUAUUCUCAGGAGGAUGCCCACCAGGUUUCACAUCAACCAGCCUAAUCUGAAACAGAGGGAAGAAAUCUUGAAACUAAUACUGGAAAAUGAAAAUGUGGAUUCCGCCAUCGACCUGCGUGAAGUGGCGAGGGAGACGGAGGGCUUCUCUGGAAGCGACCUCAGGGAGAUGUGCCGGGACGCCGCGCUGCUCUGUGUGCGGGACAUCGUUCACAGCAGCCACCCUGACAUCAGCCCAGAGGAGGACAACAUCCGGCCAAUCCAGCAGCAGGACCUGCAGCGGGCCAUCCAGAAGAUUAAGAAAUCCAAGUGUGCUGGAGCACAGAACGUUCUGGUGCACGCUGCCUUGGACUGAGUCCUCCUCCAGGGAAGAGGGUUGAGGGAUAUCUGUUUUUUGUUCUUUCCUUUUUCUGUUUCGUUUACAAUUUCAUUUAAAAAAAAAAAAAACAAAGCAAAGCAAAACAAAAACUCGGUUUCGAGGUGUGCAGCAGGAACACAGACUUGCAGUUUCUGAUCUGAAGAGGAGAAAAAGCAGGUGCUCCUUUUGAACUCACCAGAUGCACGAGGAUCAUUGUGGUCCAGAGGUUCCACCAUGCAGCUGCUGUGGUUGAGCCAUUCAUAUGAAAUUGUACAAGAAUGCUGGAUAUCAUGAAAUAUCUGUGCAAAAAAGGGGUACACAUGGUGCCUCUCUCACUGUUGGAAGUAAUCUCCUUGCAGAAGUAAAGAGCAAUACAGUGGGGGGGCUCUUACCCAUACUCUUUUUUUUUUUUUUUUGCAGGUUGUAAAUUUAAUGAGAAGUUCAAGGAGGCUGCUGAAAGCACUGAGUAGGCUUGUGUAGUGACUCUGGCACAAGAUGAGGAAGUACAGUUGUAGUUAACACUGACACAAUAUGAAUUAAUUUUUUGCCAAGGGGGGAGGUGUGGAAAGGGGACUGAUGCAAAAGUUGAAGGAGUAUCAGGAAAUUCUGCUCGGACAUUGCCUUUUAGUUUAUAAUAAUGCAGAUAAGCAGAGCCAUUAUUUAUUGAUGCUGUUUAACCUAGCGAUGCCAUUAGCUGUUCUUUGCUGCCUGAUUGUUCAUGAUGUUGUCUGUAAGAGAAAAAGCAGAUGUUGUUACACGCAGGAUACCCUCUGACUUGGUACCUCAUUACCUCUGGUCUGAAAACUGGAGUCUAUACCUCUCCAUUCCCCUUGUGAACGACAGAUCAACAGAAACAGUGCUUGGCUACAGGGCUGCUGUAAAAUGCUUCUAGUGCUAAUAUUCAUUGCUUUUAUGGUUUCUGUUCCAUUAACCUGCUACUCUACAAGCAGGGCAUGCGAGGAGAACCAGUCUGCUUAUAAUCAAUUUCUUCCUGUUUAAAACGAUGGUAUCAGAACAUGUAAAUAAAUGUGUGGAAAUGAUGAAAUUGCCAAUUAAGAGUUAAUGUUACAACUUUUCAGUGGGAUAUAGCUGGAUGUCAGA